AGCAAUAUCCUCUCUCCCUUCCUCUAUCUCAACUUUAACUUUUUCACCACCUCCCAAGAACAUUUUUAUUAUUAUUCUAUCCGAGCCUUAGCUGAAAAGCAAGUGCUAAUUCAAAUGUCCGCAGCAUAGUAGAGAUAGAGAGAGAAGGGGAGAGGUGGGGAGAGAGAGAUCAAGUCUUGCAUAUAUCUUCCUUAUAUUGUUAGGGUUGAGACAACACAAGACAAAACCUUUUCUCUUGGUUUUUACCUUAACCACAAUUGUAAUAGCUCUCUUUGAUGACCCUUUUGUUUUGUAUAACUAGCUACGUUGAGUAAACUCGAGUGAUAUGUUAAAGAAGAUCAUGGCAACAGAAGAAGCAAUAACAAGUAGCAACAAUGGUUUUGUUGAAAACCCUGUUGGUGGAUCCAAUCCUCCUGCUCUAAAGAAGAAGAGAAACCUCCCAGGAACUCCAGAUCCUGAAGCAGAAGUCAUAGCUUUAUCACCAAAAACUCUCAUGGCCACCAACAGAUUCUUGUGUGAAAUAUGUGGUAAAGGGUUUCAAAGAGAUCAAAACCUACAACUCCAUAGGAGAGGACACAACCUUCCAUGGAAGCUCAAGCAAAGGACCAACAAAGAAGUAAAAAAGCGUGUUUAUGUCUGCCCUGAAAAGACCUGUGUCCAUCAUCAUCCUUCUAGGGCUCUUGGAGACUUAACAGGUAUAAAGAAGCACUUUUGUAGGAAGCAUGGAGAGAAGAAGUGGAAGUGUGAAAAAUGUUCAAAAAGAUACGCUGUGCAAUCAGAUUGGAAAGCGCACUCAAAGACUUGUGGCACUAGGGAGUACAAAUGUGACUGUGGGACUCUAUUUUCAAGGAGAGAUAGCUUCAUCACUCACAGGGCCUUCUGUGAUGCCUUAGCAGAGGAAACAGCAAGAGUAAAUGCAGUAUCUAGCAUAAACAACUUGGCUGCUGGGAGCAUCAAUUAUCAUCUGAUGGGGAAUCCAUUAGGGCCUACCAUGGCACAACAUUUCUCUACAAUUUUCAAGCCAAUUUCAAGCAAUGAUCACCAAACAAGACAGGGAGGAGUUUCCUUGUGGAUGAACCAAGGUGUACCCCAAGUGAGUGAAGCAAUGGGAAAUAACAUUCAAGAGAUUCAUCAACUUCGCUCUGUGACUAGUUCAGGAGCUAUGUUUGGUGACCUUCUUGCUGUUUCAUGCUCACAUGCUCCACCAUCUGAUCAUUAUCAGUUAAAUUGGCCAGUUUUUGGAAAUAAGAUCUCUUCAAAUAAUGCUCACGAGGAGCUGACAAGCACUUUAGUACUUCCUCUAACCAACGUUAAGGAAGCAGCUGCUGCAAGUCAGCUAGCAAGUGUUCCUUCAUUGUAUAGCACCCAACAACAGCAGUCCCAUCAAACAACUUCGGCCAACAUGUCAGCCACUGCUUUGCUGCAAAAAGCUGCUCAGAUCGGUGCAACUUCAACUGAUCCAUCAUUCCUUGGAAGUUUUGCGCUGAAGAGCAAUGCUAAUAAAGUUCAAGAUGGGAACAAGUUCUGUGGACUAUAUGGUUCAAGCCCUGUAAGCACUAAUCCAGCAAGUGACGUGGAGAACUCGGGAAGUGAUCAGAUCUCCUCUUUGAAUCAGCUUCAAAUGUACCCUAAAAGGCAGAAAAUAUUUCAAAGUGAUCAAGACAGUCCUGCAGGAGGGCAAACUAGAGACUUUCUUGGUGUUGGUGUACAAGCCAUAUGCUACCCAUCAUCUAUGAAUGGCUGGAUUUAAACUUCAUGGGAUGACAUCAGUUUCUUAAUGGGAAGUAAAUUUGACAAUAAAAUGGAUCAGAAAAGAGAAGUAUUUGAGAUUUUAGUAAUGGGAAACUUUGCAGGAAGGAAAAGGUGGCAUUCAUGAGUGCUUGAUGGAGGGCUAAAAGGUUAUGCUUAGAAAACUAUUGAAGAGUAGUUGUUGAAGGAAGGAGAUCCAUGCAUAUUCUGUUGAACCCUAAAAGUGAUUCCUUUAACAUGAUGGCCUUUAUUUUUUGAGAAAAAGCAAGGGAGGGCUAAUAGUAGUGGGAGCAAAGCAAGAGUACUUCACCUUUUGAGCUC